AUGUCCACAGCGGAGAAAAUUGAUGAGCCUGUCGUGAAAACAAAGGGCAAGGAAAAGGAGGACGAGAAAACGGAGCUGUCUGACGAGGAUAAGCAGCUUCAGGAUGAGCUGAACAUGUUGGUGGAACGUCUGCAGGAAGCAGACGCGGAGCUGUACCGUCCGUCGCUGGAGGCGAUGGCAAACCUGAUCCGUGCAUCCACCACCUCCAUGACUUCGGUGCCGAAGCCGCUAAAGUUCAUGCGUCCGCACUAUGAAACAAUGAAGGAAAUUCACAAGAAAAUGACGGCCAAGCUGAAGGACGUGAACACGCUGAAGCUCUGCGCAGAAAUCAUCUCCGUGCUGGCGAUGACCAUGGGCACCGGUAAGGAGUGCUUGGUGUACCGGUUGCUAAGCGAUAACAGCACCGAAAACAUCGGUGAAUGGGGCCAUGAGUAUGUGCGACAUCUGUCCGGCGAGAUUGCCGCCAACUGGCCCGAAUCGACGGAUAAUCUCUUCAAGAAUCGGCUGAUUGAACUGAUCCACCAGAUCAUACCCUACAAUAUGGCACACAACGCGGAAGCGGAAGCGUGCGAUCUUUUGAUGGAAAUCGAGCGACUCGAUCUGCUGGAGAAUUACGUCGACGAAAGCGCCUAUCCACGCGUGUGUCUGUAUCUCCAGAGCUGUGUACCGUACGUAGCCGAGCCGGAAAACGUAAGUCUGCUCAAGUGUGCCCUGAAUCUGUCGCGCAAGUUCAACCAGCACACGCAGGCGAUGCGUCUCGCUAUGAUGAUCAAUGACACGGCGUUGAUCAAGGAAAUUUUUACAUCCUGUACGGACAGUGCAGUACAGAAGCAGCUGGCUUUCAUGCUCGGCCGACAGCAAAUCUUCUUCGAUUUGUCCGAGGGCAGCAAUGACUGCGAUGAUCUGGUGGAGAUCAUGUCCAACUCGCAUCUCAAUCAUCAUUUCCUCAACUUAGCCCGUGAACUAGACAUUAUGGAGCCGAAGACACCGGAGGACGUAUAUAAAUCGCACCUGGACAAUUCUCGCGCUCCGUUCGGUUCGCAGAUCGAUUCGGCGCGUCAGAAUUUGGCGGCCAGCUUUGUGAAUGGUUUCGUAAAUGCUGGUUUCGGGGAGGACAAGUUGCUGAUGGAGGACGGCAACAAGUGGCUGUACAAAAACAAGGAGCAUGGUAUGCUGAGUGCCACUGCUUCGCUGGGAUUGAUCCUACUGUGGGACGUGGACGGUGGUCUUACACCGAUUGAUAAGUAUUUGUACUCGAACGAGGACUACAUCAAGUCGGGAGCAUUGCUUGCCUGCGGUAUAGUGAACUGUGGCAUUCGAAAUGAGGUCGAUCCGGCACUGGCCCUGCUGUCCGAUUAUGUUCUGCAUCAGAACACAACGAUGCGCAUUGGAGCUAUCCUGGGGUUGGGUCUCGCAUAUGCGGGAUCGAACCGUUCGGUUGUGCUGGAACUGAUUGGAUCGGUGUUUAGCUCGGAACGUCGCACCGGAUCGAAUAUGGAGGUGAUGGGCAUUGCGGCACUGUCACUGGGCAUGAUUGCGGUUGGAUCGUGCAACAGCGAGGUAACGGAGGUGCUGCUGCAAAUCAUUAUGGAUCGCAGUGAGGCCGAUUUAAAGGACACUUACGCUCGGUUCCUGCCGCUCGGUCUUGGACUGGUGUACCUUGGUCGCCAAGAAGCGGUCGAAGCGGUAACUGCUGCGCUGGAAAUUGUUACUGAACCGUUCCGUUCGAUGGCUACCACUAUGGUGGAAAUCUGCGCCUAUGCUGGCACGGGAAAUGUGCUGAAAAUUCAACAACUUCUGCACCUCUGUUCGGAGCACUAUGAACCUUCGGCAUCUUCGAGUGAAGAACCGGCGUCGAAGAAAUCCGAAUCGAAGGAAUCUACGAAGGAGAAGGAAGAUAAGGAAAAGGAUCUCUCCGGAUGCCAGGCUGUGGCCGUGCUGGGUAUUGCGUUGAUUGCGAUGGGUGAAGAGAUCGGGGCCGAGAUGGCAUUCCGUUCGUUCGGCAAUCUGCUGCGUUACUGUGAACCUUGCAUACGUCGUGCGGUCCCACUCGCACUUGGGUUGAUUUCGGUGUCGAACCCCAAGCUGAACAUAUUGGAUACGUUGAGCAAAUUCUCUCACGAUAGUGAUGCAGAAGUGGCCCACAAUGCCAUCUUUGCCAUGGGGUUGGUAGGAGCCGGAACUAACAAUGCACGCCUAGCGUCGAUGUUGCGCCAGCUCGCACAGUAUCACGCGAAGGACCCGAACAACCUGUUCAUGGUGCGCAUCGCCCAGGGAUUGACCCAUCUGGGCAAGGGAACGUUUACCAUUAGCCCAUACCAUAGCGAUCGACAGCUCAUGAGUCCCGUGGCGGUUGCAGGUCUUAUGGCUGCACUUGUCUCCUUCCUGGACGUUAAGAACAUUAUUCUCGGCAAAUCGCACUAUUUACUAUACACCCUAACGACCGCUAUGCAGCCACGCAUGUUGAUCACCUUCACCGAAGACUUGAAUUCGUGUCCCGUCCCUGUCCGUGUGGGAAUGGCCGUGGAUGUGGUCGGACAAGCAGGUAAACCGAAGACCAUCACCGGCUUCCAGACACACACGACUCCCGUACUGCUGGCGAUGGGCGAACGUGCCGAACUGGCGACUGAGGAGUACAUCUCCCUUACACCGAUCAUGGAAGGGUUCUGCAUUUUGCGAAAAAAUCCCAACUACGUCCCAUAA